GCUCGUGUAUCUUCAGUGUGCGUUCACGCUGGUUACGAAGCUGCGCGCGAUAAGCCAGCUUCGUCGUGCUUGAUCAGUCGCCGGGCCGGUGAUUGUUUAAAACAAGCUUUUGCUAAAAGGUGGUCAUUAUCUUUUUUUAAUGUUGUCACCUAACAGAACACCCUUGGCUAGAGAAAUGUCAGAUUUCAGACGAAUCCCAAAUCAUGUACGCUUUGACUCGACCUCUUCCGAAGCCAAGGUUCUGGUCGUCGGCCUGCCCUGCACAGCCGAUCGCGCCCAGUCAGUCGUGGGUCUCUCAUCGAACGGAAUGAAUACAGAAGGCGACGUAAAAUGGCUUUUUCCAGUAGGGAGUUCGGUGGAGAAAAUGAACGUGGCGGCGACGCACGCUCAGCUGAACCUAAUAGCGAGCUUAACGUUAAGGAGCGCCGUGCCUCUCUCCGCGGACCACUUUCACCGGACGCUCGUUCAGCUCCAAAGGAAAGUCGCAUCCUUGAGAACGUGUUUCCGACAAAGAGACCAAGAGCUGUGGGUGUGUGAGGUGAUGGAACCCAAAAUUGACUUUCAGGUCAUAGAAAACUCAGAUCUCGAAACGGAAAUUGAUAAGCUGAUAAUCAAGCCUUUUGCCAAGCCAGCCGUAGAGCCUGUGUGGCUUGCUCGCCUCCUGCAGACGUCCGACGAACCCUCCUGCCGUGGCUCAGAACUGAAGGAUUUCCCUCACCAGUACAGCUUCCUAUUCUCCUUCCACCACGGGGCUGUGGACGGGAUCUCGGGCUUGUUGGUCCUAACCGCGUUCCAGAAACUGCUCGAAGACGUGGUCACUGGAGCUCAUAUCAGCGAAGAGCAGUAUGGAAGGCUUGUGAGUGAGGAACAGACCAUGAAACUUGAAAGGAAAACUUUGGACAAGUUAGAAAGCAAUCCAAAGGAGUUUCAGAGGCUGGUCGAAGAAAUGGCAGGUACGAUAUCCACUCCUCUGAUCAACCAGGCGUUCGGUACUCCGGCGAAAGAGGAAUUUCCUACAAGGAUUUUGCAGAGGGUCGUCAAGGCUCAUCAGUUACAUACUUUGCACGAAAGAUGUCGAUCUCUCGGAAUCACCCUCAACUCGGCACUGGCGUCAAUUAUAAACACAGCUUUGGUCGAGCUGGUUGCAGAGGCGGGGCUGGAGAAGGACGCCUACGCCAUCACCAGCCAGCACGCCAUCAACAAGAGGCGGUAUUGGAAAGGCGACAACUCCAUGGUGCUCGGGAACCACGUGGGCCCCAUGUCCCACACCAUGCAUACCCCCCGCGGCAACAGGAAGGACUUCUGGGAAUACGCCAAGCGGUUCGACACCGAGUUCCGCAAGAAGCUCAAGGAGGAAUACAUCUUCCAGGAGAAGAUUAUUAGGUCCAGGCUCCUCCCAGAGGAUUAUAGCCACGAAGCGUUCUACAGCUCUUCACCACCUACUGUGUAUGAUUACCUCAUGAGCAACAUUGUCAUACCCCACAAAUUCGAC